CUAUUUCAUUUUGUCAUAAAAAAAUUUAAUUCAUCAGCCUUGAAGACAGUAGUGAUUAUUUGUUCGUUUGUUCCUUGAGUACGAGCAAAAAGUAAUUCAAAUCGUACUAUUGUACGAAAUAUUUUAGUUUAAUUACAUAUUACAUAUUUAUAUAACAAGUUAUCAAAUUUACAUAGAUAAGAAAACUAUACGAUAGAAUGAGAUCUGAUUGGAAGUUACUAUUGAACGAUGAAGAAAAAAGGAUACUCAAGUAUCAUAGCAACCUUGGUCAACUUUUUUCAUCUGCAUUUGCAGCAUUCGCAUACACCUCAAUGGCAAUCUUCGUAAUGGAACCGGUUUUUCCGAGGAUUAUAAAUGCAUUCAUAAAAACAAAUGAAACUGUUCCAUUUAAACUGGCGCUACCGUUAGAGUAUAUCAUUAUUGACAAAGAGAAACAUUACUGGAUAAUGUUAAUUAUUUCAAAUCUACUCGUUUUAAACAUUUCCGCUGUUAUUAUUUCAUGCGACGUAACGUAUAUCACCUUUGUGCAACACGUUUGUGGGUUAUUCGCUGUUGUGGGAUGUCGGCUACAAAAUACACCAGUCAAUGAAAAUUAUUCUGAAAGUCAUAACGGAAGUGGUGGUUUGUCAAACUCGAAAGAUAUUUCGUACAAACAUUUGGUAUCUUGUAUAAGGAGCCACAGGCGAGCUUUAGAAUUUGCGGAACUUCUCGAAGAUGCUUAUUGCAUAACUUUUGGAUUCAUUGUAGGAAUCAAUCUGCCACUUAUAAGUAUCACCGGAUUCCAGAUUAUUACACAAUCUCAUACGAUCCAGCAAUUGUUGAAAUUCGUAUCGUUUACAUUCACUGAUAUAUUACAUCUCUAUUUUGAAUGUUUAAUGGCACAACAGUUAACAGACAAGAGCUUACAAAUGCAAGAGAGCAUGUAAUGAUGGAUUUAUCAAAUUCCAUAUAUUUUAUAAUUCAUUGACUGAUUAUUAUGCAUAAUUUAAGCCUUCAACGACUUUGAGUUGAUUAAUAAAUAUUAAUUAAAACUAGAGCACAUCUGUAGUUCUUCUGGCGCGUUAUUGGUUUGUAAAGGGGAGGAAUCCCAGCAAGUCAUGGAGACUUUAAGAAUGGACAAAUAAAUCAGGUUUAAAAUCAACUCAAGAGAUUUUAAAAACUUGAGCUUGACGAUAUAUGAAUUCUUUCAAGUCAACAAAUAGAUUAUGGUCUAGGACAAUAAAUUAAUUAAUUAUCUUAGAAGGCUUAAAUUAAUAUAUAUUAUUUAAUAUUUUCUAUGUGAUUCAUUUAAUGUUCCUGAUGACGCAUCUCAGUAUUUGUGUUUUACAGAGCUAAAGUGGAUUGGCUGAGUUACUCGAUGAAGACACGGAAAUUGUUGAUAUUGAUGACAAUGAGGAGUCAAGUACCCUGCAAAUUGACUGCUGCUAAAAUAAUGGAUUUAUCUAUUGAAAAUUUCGGAAUGAUGGUGAAAACAUCUGGGUCAUACUUCACGAUGCUUUUAUCGAUGCAGUGACGAACUUUCGCAUUAUUCAUUAUAUAGAAUGAACGAAUUCGAGGGUUAGGAACACGAGCGUCAAAUAUCAAUAGCAAAGAUUUAUAUGUAUAUAAUGGUGGUUAGAAAAAAAUUUUUAAUUCUUUCUUUUGCUCUUACCCCCUAAAACGUUCGUGGUUGCCGAAAAAAAAUCUUCCCAAUAGACGGGCUCUCUAGCUUAACUAUAAGAGGUCGCUAUUUUAAUUUUGAUUUCCCAUUUAAUUAAUUGAACAUUUAAACAUUUUUUUUUUAUUAAAAGAUUAAUUACUUGUAAGCUACUGAAUAUUUCUUAAAUUUAUGCAUAGGUCUUUAGAGCUGAUUUAGAGCUCUACCGGAAGUAUCGAAGGUCUUCCAGAAUCCAAUUUUAAUUUAUCAGGGCCGUUAUAAAAUUAUUUGUAAGAGAAGAAUGAGGAAGGAUAAUUUAUAAUUAAGUAAACUUUUAUUUUAGAAUUUCAUUAAUUUUAACCAUUUAUUUAUGACCGAUUGCAAUUAAUAAUCAAGUCCUCUGGACUUUGACCUUAUAACAAUUAAAAUUAUGGUCCCCUGGAUCUUAUUAUACACACACACACACACACACACACACACACACACACACACACACACACACACACACACACACACACACACACACACAUGAGUCACUUGGACUAUUCACACACACACAUGCGACUUAAGUCUCCUGGACUUUAUUAGGUGAUUAAAACUUAUUACUGAAAUUUUGGCCUCUGGCCAUAUUACUAAAUUUUAUAAUUACACUUUUCAUAUCACACAGAUUUUUAACGUAAUGAGGAGGUAAUAAAGGGGUAAGAGCGAAAAAGAAAAUUAAAUAUUUUUUUUA